CUGGUCGCAACCAUCAGCCCUAAAAACGCCAAUCGCUGCAAUGGGCUACCGAGUGAAUGGCCUUCCUCCUUUUCAGGUCUCCUUUAGCAUCACUUUCCCUGAAGGUUACGUUGGGAAAGAGAAGAUGGACACCAAGUUCAAAGUUGAGGCAGACGACUCUCAAGUGCAGGUUGGCGUGCUGAACCAGUUGGCUAGGACGGCCAAGUACGAAACGAACAAAAGUAGCGCUCCCACGUUGGAUGCGGAUUCUCUCGAACUUCAUACGAAGCUUGAAGCGCUGAAGGUCAUUGCCAGUACCGCUUCUCCUGUGUUGAACAAGUGCAAUGGUCGUGGCUCCAUUGAUGACGAUGAAACGACGGAAGGAUCGGAGAGGGGAGAUUUGGUUACUGCAACAUCCUCUCUGAAGACUUUGUCCAGCGAUUUCCAGGAGAUCUAUGAAUUUGCAGCACCGGAGGAUGACGAUUUGCCAGAAGUGCCUUACUGUGGUGGAGAGGUAUUGGCGACCCCAGCCGGCAGAAGCCGAGAUGAAUAUGAGGUGAGCCGCGUACAGCCCUUUGUGACCUCGAUUGGGCGGGGGGUGGACCUGAGUGAACCAGGAUGGGAUGAAUCGAGCGAUGCCUAGCUGGGGAGCGUUGAGCGCCUGGCCAGCUGGGUAGCGCGGAGAUUUUGCACAUUUUGAGCAUCUUUGUUUCCUUCCGUUGACAUCAGUUCCUGAAGCUGGAGGAAACACUUUACGCGCAGAC